AUGUCUGCCUCUUCUAGUCGAUUAAUCAAGCUCCUGCAUGUCGGAAACGUUCGUGAUGAUGAUCCCUGUCCACCCUACGAUUGUCAAGACGCAAUAAGCGUGGAAAGGACUGCCUGGAUCGACGAUAAUGUAGCUCGCAGGUUUUGGAACUGCAAAAACUCUUUGGCAGCUAAAGGUCCGAAAUGCAAGUUCUUUAUGUGGAAAGACAAAGAAAUGGAGGAGGGUUACUACAAAGAACAGCUUCGCAAGAUGAGGUUUGAGCUGAAAAGGAAAGAAGAGUUUAGUGAAGUUUCAAAGGUUUAA